UCACGACAUGACAUUGAAAUUAAUAUUGAAAAUAUUAAUCUCAAUCUCUCUGAUGUCACGUGUGUAUUUAGAUAUAUAAUUAUUAGAGAUACUGACAAAAUUAUUUAUUAAUAUUCUUUCCAUGUAAGUUAUCAACAGCAAAUCUGUAACACUGCCCGGAAAUUGUGCAACUCCUUGUACAGGUGGCAUACAUGAUAUUUGUGUCUCCUGUGCCAAUAGUUGUGAAAAGACAUGUCGGGAUCCGGAUGGCCCAGAUGCUUGUUCUGCUCCUUGCAAAGAAAAUUCAUGUGAAUGCGAAUACGGAUAUGUUCGCGACAAUCUUGGCUGGUGCAUCAAAUCUGAAUAUUGUCCAAAUUUAAACGAUGAUAGCAUGUUACUGAACAAACAUAAUAAUACGACUGGCGUGCUCUGGCACGCGCUUGGCAGGUGCUUAUAUUAUUCUAGCUACGCACUGCUACCCGCACGAUUACAAAGAU